UCAUUUGAGUUGUGAGCACAGUGUGGAAAUGAUUCUCUUACUCAAGACGCUUCUUUAUGGCCUGCUGCUCCUCGCCCCCGCGGAAGUCUCAGCUCGGAUUAAUGCCCGAAAGUCGGCGAACGAGGCGAGUCUCUAUAGCGAUACAGACAAUGUGAUCAUGCUGGACAUCGGAUCGCUGAGGCCGGCUCUCAACAUGAGCAACGGCAAGCUGGUGCAGUUCCUCAACAGUUUCUGCGGCGACUGUCAACGCUUCGCACCUAUCUUCAAGACCCUCUCCCGUGACUUGUACAAGUGGCGUAGAAUUCUCCGCAUUUACGGCGUAGACUGCGCCCAGGAGAGAAAUGCAGGGCUCUGUAGGGAUUUCAAUAUCCGGCAGACGCCCUCACUGCGGUUCUUCAGUCCCGACACACAAAAGAACCACCAAGUUCUUGGCGCUGUCGUUCCAGGACAGGAUCCCAAGUUGAUUAAGUCAGUGCUGGCCGAAAUGCUAUCCCAAAAUGACUACGGACCCGGCCAGCCAAACUUUCGCCCUCUAAAACCAAAUGACGAUACAAAAUCUCUGUUGCUUGAUUUUAAAGAUCUGGAAAGUCCGGUAAAAUUCAUUGCUCUUGUCCUCCAGCCAAAGGAUUCCAAGAUUGGCAGAGACACUCUACUGGAACUGCUUCCAUUCAAAGAAGUUGCAGUGCGGAUCGUUGGGGAUGCAGGAGAUUUUGCCAACUUUGGACUCCAAUCAUCCAACCAGAAAUUGGCCAUAAUAGAUCGAAAUGGAAGUGCCCAGUAUCUGACAGCUUCUUCGGAUACAAGUGAAGCCUACGCAGCUACUGUAGGGGAUUUCCUUAAGAACCUGAACUAUAAACCAGAUCCACCUCUUCCCAUUAUGGCACGCUCAAAUAUGACUGAGUUCCUGGACCAGCAACAUCAAGCGAUUCUUGCCGAGGUCCUCAAGCCGCCACCGAAGGUCUAUCGGGCUGAUUUGGAGCAGGCCAUCGACAAACUCCUGCAUAUCGAACUUCGCAAAACUCUCUCUUUGGAGGGUAAUAACCUGAAUGCCCUUAAGAAUAUUAUUACGGUUUUGACCUAUCUGAAUCCAUUAAACAAAGAUGGAAAGUUAUUAAUGGGUGAUCUGCGCAAUUCGCUAAAACCCUUGCAGAGUAUUAAAGGAGCUGAGUUUGCGGACUUGGUUGAUUCCCUAGAAAAGAAUCGUAAGAUUUUUAAGGGAAGGCGUUACGUUGGCUGCAUUGGAUCACGGCCCUUAUUGCGGAGUUUUACCUGCUCCAUGUGGACAUUGUUUCAUUAUUUGACAGUGGAGGCUGCCAAGCCACCAAACUACUUUGCACCGGGCUCAAUACUAAUAACCAUUCACGGUUUCGCCAAGUACUUCUUUGGCUGCACGGAUUGUUCCGAGCACUUUCAACAGAUGGCCAUUCGUCGGAACAUGAGAUCGGUUAAAACGCACGACGAGGAAAUCCUUUGGCUAUGGGCUGCUCAUAACGAAGUCAAUCAACGUAUUGCUGGCGACUCCACAGAGGAUCCCAAAUUCCCGAAGAUUCAGUUUCCCAGCCCCGACAAUUGCCCCACUUGCCGGAACAACAACUCAGAGUGGCAAAACGAAGAAGUUCUCAAGUAUUUAAAAACACUCUAUGAUAAGAAAAAUCUAAGCUUCUACGGACUUCCCACUCCACAAGGUUACGAUUGAUGAUGUAUUUUUAAAUCCUAAUGGAAAUAACAACUAUUGUUAUAUAUAAUCUCAAAAACCUAUAUUGGAAUGAUCCUAAAAUAAAAAUAAAAAAAAGUAUAA